AUGGAUCCAUCCUGUCCUUUCUGCACAUUUCCAGAAGAUAUCAUGCAUUUACUCUUCCAUUGCCCCAGAGCUAAACAAAUAUGGUUUAUUUCCCCUCUAAACUUUCGUGCAACUUGGGAAAUUUUCUCUAACUUUGCCGUGCUUUGGAAGCAUGUCACAAUACAACUUCAACAGAUUGAUCCCACUAAUGAAGGCCUUCACAUUUUCUGCUAUACUUUGUGGCACAUCUGGAAAACUAGGAAUUGCAAGAUAUUUGACAACUUCACACAGCCUCCAGCUUCCAUUGUGUCAUCUACUGUUCAGGAUUAUCAGGAAUUUAAAGAAGCCAUGCAAUCAGAAAUUGAAGUCGGUCGUCAGUCUCAUAACAGGAGAAUCCAGAGUGGCCAAAAUCUCAUCAACCCACCGGAUUUCAUUAAAAUCAAUUACGAUGCGGCUGUUCAUAUCCCAAAACAAUUUGGAAGCAUUGGUGUUAUUGCAGCGAAUCCAACCAAUCUACAAUGA